UGUUGCGGGUGAUCGUAGAAAUCCUCAAGGUAUAUAAUCUGGAGUUGCACGAAAAUAACACUCUUGGUAUACAGAAAUUCCGGAAGAACCAGUCACCCCGAAAAGUCGAAAAUGACGGAAUCACUUGAUGACGAACAAGUCAAAUUGCUAAAAAGGGCUUUCUCCAUGUUCGACUCUAGCAAAAAGGGCAACAUCGACCUAGAAAAAGUAAGAACAAUCUUGACAACCCUGGGACAUCAUUAUGACGAUUCUGAACUAGAUGCUUUGUUAUCAGGGGAAGAUCCAGAAAAUACAGGAACUGUCAAUUUCGAUUCAUUCUGCAGGGUGGCUGGACAUUUUUUGGAAAAUGAAGACGACGAAACUUUACAAAAAGAAUUAAAAGACGCUUUUAGAUUAUACGAUAAAGAAGGUAACGGAUAUAUUCCAACAUCGAGUCUGAGAGAGAUCCUGGCAGCGCUCGACGAUCAGCUCACCAACGAUCAGUUGAACGAAAUGAUCUCAGAAAUCGAUACCGACUCCUCCGGCACCGUUGAUUUCGAAGAAUUUAUGGAAAUGAUGACUGGAGACUAAAAUGGAGACGUAGCCAAAUUGUGUUAAAACUAUAGUUUAUAUUUUUAAAUAUCAUAUAGUUUAAUUGUUAUACCAAUUUUUAAAUAAUAAAAAGUAAUAAAAG